GGGUAAACCAGGAAGUGCUGCAUCACGUGGUUGAACUGUCACAGGUGACGUACAGUCGAGAGCAGCACAGCAGCAGCAUGGCGAAUAAAGAUCCCGGAAACUUUUUGCAGCAGCUGAGGCAGAUUGCUGGUAGGAUGGGGUCCGGCCCCCGAGGGCUUGGGCUGGGCGUGAAGCUGCUCAUCGGAGCCGGUGCCCUUGCCUACGGGGUCAAAGAAGCCACAUACACAGUUGAGGGUGGCCAGAGAGCCAUUAUCUUCAACAGAAUUGGAGGGAUGCAGAUGGACACUGUGCUUGCAGAAGGAUUGCACGUCAGGAUACCAUGGUUCCAGUACCCCAUCAUCUAUGAUAUUCGAGCCAGGCCAAGGAAGAUUUCAUCUCUCACUGGAAGCAAAGAUCUCCAGAUGGUGAACAUAGGUCUUCGUGUCCUUUCUCGGCCUGUUGCCUCAAGCUUGCCAGUCUUGUACCAGCAGUUGGGGAAAGACUAUGACGAGCGUGUGCUUCCUUCCAUCGUCAACGAGGUGCUCAAGAGCGUGGUGGCCAAGUUCAACGCGUCCCAGCUGAUCACGCAGAGAGCCCAGGUGUCACUACUCAUAAGGAGAGAUCUAAUCGAGAGAGCUAAAGACUUUAACAUCAUCCUGGAUGACGUGGCCAUCACAGAGCUCAGCUUCAGCAAAGAGUACACCGCUGCUGUGGAGGCCAAGCAAGUUGCCCAGCAGGAGGCCCAGAGGGCUCAGUUCUACGUAGAGAAGGCCAAACAGGACCAGCGACAGAAGAUCAUCCAGGCCGAGGGUGAAGCUGAGGCUGCUAAACUGUUGGGUCAAGCUGUUUUGAAGAACCCUGGAUACCUUAAACUUAGACGUAUCAGAGCAGCCCAAAGUAUCGCCAAAACGGUUGCAACUUCUCAGAACAAGGUGUACCUGAGUGCAGACAGCCUAGUUUUGAACCUCCAGGACGACUACUUUGACAAGCUGUCACUGGGGAAAUGAGGAGCGUCAUCCAUGAAGAACAUAUGCAUUCCAUAUGUAAGCAGUGUUCGCCGAGCCACUAUAUUUUUGUCCUCAUCCUAAACGUGACUGUGAGCAGAGCCUCUCUCACGGGUACAGUUCAGCUCGGGCUCAGAUUACACACUGGUCUGGCGACCUUACAGAUUCACACAUACAUAUCCAUUUAUACACCGUUGUCUGUCAUUGAGCAGGACAUUUUUGGAUUAUUUUCAGCUCAAGAAUUGGAUAUUUUGGAAUCAGGUGGCUUUGUAUACUAAUUGUGAUUACAAAAAUAUACAUUGCAAACAAUUAAUUGUCAAUUAUUCAUUUAUCCCAUUUAUUAUUAUUAUACCCAUUUACCAUCUAUAUUUUCUGCUGUUGGAUUCCACUUAAAAAGUGUUGACUGAUACCAAAAGGACUUGCAGCAAUUUUGAUUAAAUAAUGUUUUCAGGACUAUUUGUGGGGAUAUUUAUUUCUUUUGGAAAAAUUGACUUUUAUUGAUUAUUAUUAUUACAAAAAAAUAUUAUAUAUUAAUUCGAAUUUCCAGAAUUUAUUAGUAUUUGGUAUCUUCCAAAAACAGUGCAGUUAAUAAAUAAAUAUAUAUAUAUAUAUAUAUAUAUAUUUAUAAAAAAAAUUAUACACUGCACCCAAAUAUAUUAUGUAACUUUUAUUUUGGAUGCGAUUAAUCACGAUUAUUCAUUUGACAGCCCUAAUAUAUAUAUAUAUUGUAAAUUUAAUAUAUUGCGUGCAAAUUUUCAUGCUAUAUGCAUUUGGCUAAUAAAUGUACAAGUUUGGCACAGAUAUAUUUACUCACCUUCACUCAUCCUGUCCUGUACUCUGUCAAGCGAUCCUUAAAGCACUCUAUUUCUAUGCACAGUGCAUUUGAUACAUCAUAAACUGAAGUGUUAAGGUGCAUCGCGUAGUGUUUCUCUCGCACACACAAAGACUUGCACCCUUCAUAAAAUUGAUGCCCCGCAUGUAAAUUAUAUUCUUUAUUGUAUUUUCCUGUCAAAAUAACAGGAAAUUCAUUUGGAAUUCUUCAGCCUACACUGUCGGUAUUUUUAUAGUAUUCAGUUCCUGCGAGUAUACAUGAAUAUUCAUGAUAUUCGCCCUAUUGUGGGCAUGUCCUUGACAACGCAGAAUGCAAUACUGAAAAUAUUAACUCAAUCUCCUCGAAUCGUAAGUUUUAAUGGAUUAUUUCGAAGUUUUAAAUGUUGAACAUCAACUCCAACCGUCCACAUUUUCAAAACAAUGCAUAGUUUAUGUAAUAUGAUAAAUCGUCUGAGCUGUUUAGACUGAUUGAUUACAGGCGUUCAGAUCAAGGACACAGCAGAGUAAUCAAUAAGCGAGUAACCUAUGCUAGUCAGGGCUAACACAGUUACUCUUUGAUGUGUUGAGAUUUUUUUUAUUUAUUUGUGAGGCUUUACAUUUGGUUUGAAUAGUUGAUUAGUUGUCAUUCGGUGACUGCAGUGUUGACGACAAUGCCUGAAAUAAACCUCUACAAAUGUAUCAUGCCCUAAUAAAAUUUAUAUAAGCUA